UUGGCGGGUAGUGCGCGAAUUGAAAAGGUAAACAUGGAGGAGAACAGCUGUCCUCAGCAGCUAUCGGAAAAAGUUGAAGAGGACAAAAACAACUUUAAUGAGAAGGAAACAAAUUCUGGUCCGGAAGAGACUUCUUCACAGGUGUCGAACCCGGAAGGUGCGGAUAAACCAGCAGAGGAAACGCGCGUUCAAUACAACAGGCUAAAGCUGUUUGACAAAGUGAUGCAGAAAAGCUUAAAAAAAUUCGUAGAGAUCGCCAGUGACAAAGGAUUUGCCGCUAUGUUCCGUCCAUUGUAUAAGAAGAACCCCCAGAAGAUGGAGACCAUUCACAAGAAGUUUGCAGAGGAGCUGCAGAAAACGAUACAGGAGGACAUCAGCAGAUUAACUGAAGAAGGCAUGUUGGAGUUCAAGCUGGAUGAGCUGGACAAGCUGGAAGAUGCUGCUAAGAAUGACCUAAACCCUGCAUGGCGUCCAAGUGGAAUUCCUGAGCAAGACUUCUGCAGUUUUUUGAUGCCUUACUACCAAAAGCAGGAGGCCUUCCUGCGACUGGAGUUGAAGAAAAUCCAAGCAGAGAAUGCUGCUCUGGCUCAGAGGGUUCAGACAGGAAGAGAAAAUAUUUCUCAGACUGAACAGCGGAUUUCCACAGCUGUGGAUGAGUGGAAGGCAGCUGUUGCCGAGUUUGAGAACCUGGCUUCUUCCCUUUGUCCUGCUGAUGUCUUUAAUGUGUGAUGUUCAAUGUAGUUGUCAAUAACUGAUUUAAUUGUUUACAUCUUGUUUUUUAUGUUUCUGAAUAAAGAAAAAUACAUAAGUUCA